AUGUCGCAAACUACAACUACACAGCUGGGCAGCGAAGCCAUCGCUCACCAUCCUCCCCAGAACUACACAUUGCCUCCGGUCCCUGCACUACAUCAUCUGGAUGAUGGGAUCACGAAAAAUGGAACGCAGGACAGCGGUGAUGACCUCGAGUUCCAUGACCUUCCUCCGUUUCCAGACGAUGUACCCACAGCACCACUUCUUCGUCUCAGCUUGAAGAAGCUCAUCGAUCAUGACUCGAACGAAGAAGAGAGAUUAUGGCAGACGUGCCGUGACGUUGGGUUCUUCUACCUUGAUCUCCGGGACGGUGACCAGCCAAGCUCCGCAAAUGGUACACAACACCCUUCCCAAAGCAACAACAGCAACGACAAAUCCGGUCCAACCCCCAACGGCGCCGCCCUCCUCAACCACGCCAACCAGCUCUUUCCCAUCGGAGAGAAAGUCUUCAGCCUGAGUACCGCAGAGAAACAGACGUACGACUUCAAAGACCAGGGUUCUUACUUCGGGUACAAGGGCCUCGGAGCUGGUGUGGUGGAUGCCAAGGGGACGAAAGACGCCAAUGAAUUCUAUAAUGUUUCCAAAGAUGACCUCUUCGGGAUCUCAGAGGUCUUGCCUGCGCCGGAGGUUUUAAAGGGUGAGGAGAGUAGGGAGAUUUUGAGGGGGUUUAUGACCGAGGCGCAUGGGGUUGUGAGGCUUUUGCUUGGUGUGUUGAAUAGGAAGUUGGGGCUGCCGGCUCGCAAAUUGGAGGAUCUGCAUAGGCUUAUGGGUGUUUCGGGAGAUCAGGUCAGAUGGGUCAGAUCUCCUCCUAAACCAGACCAAGAUGCUAAUCAGCUUGCUCUUGGCGAGCACACUGAUUUCGGCUCGGUGACUGUCUUGUUUAAUCGUCUCGGUGGUUUGCAGAUCCUGCCUCCUGGUGGGGAGGAGUGGUGUUAUGUGAAGCCGUUGCAGGGCCAUUGUAUUGUCAACCUCGGUCAGUACUUUACCACAUAUAUUCCACUCGUCGGUCGUUCGAGCUGGCGGUUGCUGACAAUGAAGCUAGGUGACGCGAUGGUCAAAUUCACGUCCGGCGUCCUACGCUCGAAUAUCCACCGCGUUGUCAAUCCACCCGGUCAACAAGCCGAUCAGACGAGGAUGAGUCUUGUGUACUUUGCUCGACCUGAAGACGAAGUUCUACUGAAGCCGCUGGAGGGUAGUGAGAUUAUUGAUGCUAAGCAGAGGGAGAACGGCGGUGCGGGAGACGAUGAGGAAGUGAUCACUUCGAAGGAGUGGAUCAAAAGGAGAGCUUUGGGAAGGAGGACGGGAGGGGACUAUGCCGCUUCCCAUGGUACGGAGGGUGGAAGGAUGAAGGCGUGA